GGAGAGAAGUAUCUGAGAAAAUUGCGCCGACGAUCAGAAUCCAAGUCGGAGAAGAAAUAGAGGGACAAUAAGGUUCAGGAAAAGAGGAAGAAGAAGAACCCUAAACAUGCUAUUAGGGUUUUAUUUUACGCAAUUACAAUCGAUUAGUUAGAUUUGCUGAAUUCCGUAGAAUUAGAAUUGAAAAUGGGGGGCGAAGCUGCUGACCGGAAUAAGGAUGGCCAAUGGUCGUCUCAAAGCAAGCCCUCUCUACGGAAAGAGGAUGAUCCCAAGCUAUGGGGAAUCCUUCUCUUCGGUCUUAUUGGCGCCACUGUCACCACUUUCGCCGUGGGUCAGCUUAGGAGGUCUGUUGAUUUUUUCUACACUCAGUUUACCAGGUCACAAUCAUCAUCGAAAAGUGGCACUGGAACUUCAUUCCGGACAUCCUUUCAGGAGGAAGCUUGGAGAAGGUACAACCAACGAAUGCAAGAGCUAUACGAGGAAGAAAUGGAGAGAGUGGAACGUAUAAGACGUAUGCAGAGUGUGUUCAAUAGGGAGAGGAAUAAGUACAAAAGGAGCUAUGAAAGCUGGAGGGAAAAUGGCCCUGGUGCUUAUCAUCAGCACUUUCAGCGGGAUGAUUGGUAUUGGAAGGCAGACAUGUCUUAUAGAGAUCAGAGGACGAACUAUGGGCCACCUAGAAGGGAUGGCACAAGCUAUCCAUUAUCACAUCACUACUCAGUUUUGGGUCUUGAUAGGUCCAGGUCAACACCAUAUACAGAAGAUGAGAUUAAGACAGCAUUCAGGGCUAAAGCAAAGGAGUUCCACCCAGAUCAAAAUCUAGAUAAUAAAGAAGUUGCAGAGGCAAAAUUUAAAGAGGUAAUGAUCUCCUAUGAGGCUAUAAAGCAAGAAAGGAAGAGCACAAAGGUAUAAAAAAAAAAACCCAUGUACAAAAGAUUGUGAGAAGAGCUAGUUGGGAACGAUUAAAGCUCCAAUUAAGAGGUCCCUUGCAAUUUUUCAAGCGAUAUAUCGCAAUUUUGUUGCUUUAAAGUUGUCUGUGGAACAGUGAUUUUACCCAGGACUGGAUUUUCAGGAAUCUUCUGUUUGAUACUGAUGUUGCAUUUGCUAGGCUAUUACGGAGAGAUGAUAAAGCGGUUUUUUUGGGGGUACAAAUAAUGUGAGGCUGUGAUGUAGUUAGCAAUACUUGCUUAGCCCUAUACAAAUCAUGUAGAAGGGAAUAAUGAUUUGUUUUAUAUAUAUAUAAGUUCAUUCUUAUUAUAAUCAUUU